AUGAGCGAAAAGAAGUCGCGCAAGCGUAAGACUUCUAUCUCAAACGAUAUCGGAGAAAAGGUAAUUUAUGUGAUAUUAAUUUCAUUUUGAGUCAAUUUUUCUUAGUUCAUGAGAUUCAUGCAAAGUUGAUUCGGGAGUUAAAUAAAAUAGCCGAUUAAGGAUAUCUUACGGCUCUAAAGGUUGUGCGUUCUCCAUAAUCUAGACAUUCUCUUUUUUUUCCGUGUUGAGUAUAUAGUCUUUUCAGAUUUUGAAUGUCAAGUAGAAUGACGUCAUUUGAAAAUGCUCUGUGGAUGGCUCGCUCUCUGAUUGGUUCAUCGCGCCAUUAGGGGGAGGGGCUUCAGCGAGGACUUGACAUUUGAAAUCUGAACAUUUAUAGUUUUCCUCUUUCAAAAUCGUUCCUAAAUGUUUUUUUUAAACGUAAGUGAAUGUUUUUUGACAUCAUCUCUGAAUUGGAGCGCCAAAUGGGCGCCACACCUCUUUCACUGACAUACACUAUUUCGUCGUUUUCUCGCAGCUAGAUAACGACGAAAUAGUGUGUGUCAGAGAAAGAGUUGUGGCGCCCAUUUGGCGCUCCACAUCAGAGAUGUUCUUCAAACUGACAAGAUUUCGAACAUUUCAGAAACUAUUAUCCUAAAAUUGCAGAAAAAUAUCAUAAUUUACGAGAAGUCUUGACUUGCGUAUUAAAACAAACGCCGUGUGAUAGAAAUCUUAUAUAAUAGCCCGUUCACGGCUGGCUUGGGACAGCAAACGGGCGGUUUAACUUUUGCAGCGAAGGUAGAUCAUGGCGACUAUCAAUGCGCCUUCCACAAAAUGCUGAUUUUAUGACUUAUUUCUUUUAAUUUUGUAUUUCGUUGAUUGAGAGAAAAUCUGAAAAAUAAUGAAAUUGAUGUAAACGAAAAAGUAAAUUCAACUGAAACAAAAAUAAUUCAUCAAAGGAGGCUCUUAUUGAAGGCGCAUGUAUGGCGACUAUCUAUGCGCCUUCCAUAAAAAGCCCCAUUUUAUGACUUAUUUAUUUUUUUCUCUUAUUAUUCGUCGAUUUAAGAAAAAUCUAAAAAAACCAAUGAAAUGAAUGUAAAAAUAGAAUUAUUUCAAUAGAAACAGAAAUAAUUGAAUGUCAAGCAGUUGACUCAAAAUUAGUCCCGCGCGAUAAAAACGACGCGAAAAGGUACCGUCUCAGCAGGGGCGGAGUUAGCUGGUUGACAUUCAAAAUCUGAACAGACAGCUCUAGCCCGUUCACGGCUAUCCCAAGCCACGGGCGGUUUAAUUUCCGCGGCCAAGGUAGAUCAUGGCCAUGGCAACUAUCAAUGCGCCUUCGACAAAAGACUUAUUUUAUGACUUCUUUAUUUUUCUCUUAUAAUUUUUUGAUUCAAAAAAAAAAGUCUAAAAACAAUGAGACGAAUAUAAAAAAAAAAUAUAUUCAGUAGAAACAGAAAUAUUUCACCAAAUGAGACUCUUAUUGAUGGCGCAUGUAUGGCCGCAAUGAUCUGCCAUCGCCGCGCAAGUUAAACCGCCCGUUCGCUGUCCCAGCCGUGAACGGGCUUUACUUCAUGCCGUGUCUGACUCUCCGAAAUCCAGUUACCUUUUCACUUCUGAGAGCUAUUUCGAAAUUCGUGGAAAUUACUCCAGAUACAGCAUCAAGUUCAGUCGGCGUAAGCUAACCGGUGGUCGUGUUUUAGCUAACAGAUAAGUUCUUUAUGCCAUCUGGAAACUACCGGAGAGGUACCUGAGUAUCGUCGCUAUCCUUUCUGACAUUUAUGAUGAAUACCAGGUCCGGUAGCUACUUUUCAGCGUUCGCUAAUAGACAACCACCGAUUAGCGAAUUGACUCUGCUCUUCGAAACAAUUGAGGGUUAUGUUUUGAAUAAAAAAUGAAUCAAUAAAUAAAAUUGAAUCAAUACACAGCUUUACAGAAGCUCGACGUGGAAAAGAAAGACGAGUUUGCAUCUUACUGGGAAGCUAAAGUUGAUAGCGUUGUAAGUGCCGAGCUGAAAGAUGGAAGAAAUAGGAGAAAAAACUCCAUAUGUUUCACCUUACCAACGCUUGGGGAAUGCAGCUACCUGCCGGGGCUCCGUAACUCUUUCGAGGUACAUUUAUAUGAAAUACAAAACAUGGAAUACAGAUAUUUUUUCCGGGCGCUAGGCAGAAGUUUUCAAAACCAAGCACAAAAAAAAGAGAGAAAAACCAUAAUCGGUUGAUGUAUGUAAGUUUCAGCUCAACGUUGACAGUAUCGUGAACCCAGAUUCGGUAAACUGGAAUGAGACGUUGGUUGAGAACUUUAAAAAAGAGAUUGGUGAGUUAUGAACUUUUCUUUUUACUCUUCAAAUAUAAUUUUUGUAUUGUUAGAAACUUUCGAAUCUUCCAAUUAUUCCAGAACUUAAAUUUAUCAAAAAAAAUCUCUUUCAAUAAUUCUAACUCCUCUGCUAAUGAAUGGAAAACAUUUUAACAGGUAAUUCUGAAGCAAUAAACCAUAUGGAAGCGUCUUCUUUUCUGACCAUCAUUUCACGAUAUGUCGACUUGAGCGCGAUCACAUCUUCGUCAGAUACCUACCGCGUAAAACUAUCCAGUGUUUUUUUUGGGUUCAAAAUCUCAUUCAGACGGUCUACUGCGCUCACAUCUUGUCGCACUUGAUCCGCUCAAAAAAUCUGAUCAUAAAUAACAAGAGAAAAAUGGACAUUGCAAGUGCUCUUGUGAGUUUCUAGAAAGUUUUGUUUUUCGUGCUCCAUUCACAAGUUUAUUCUAGGGCGGCGUGUCGGAAGAGUUUGUUGAGAGUAGCCGCGAUCAAGGCUUCGUGAGGCCGAGUGUUCUCAUCAUGUGUCCUUACAAAAAAGAUGCAUAUGACGUGGUGAAUCGUCUCAGGCGUUUAAUCUACGGCGACGGUUAGAUUUUGAAACGUUUGGUUGAGGAGUCGAUCAUUCGCUCAAAUGCUUUAAGGAAAAAAAUGAAACUGUUGGUUAAGAGAAUGGUGAUGUUUGGAAUAAAUCUCGCUUCGAAGAAGAAUACAGCGGUCCUGAAGAGGCUGCUGCUCUUUGGGCGAAUGUUCCUGAAGAUCACAAGGUGAUUGGAUUUUUUUUUUGUUCUUCAAGUCGUUUUUAUUCUGGUUAAUGGUUACUCUAACAAUAAGGAGGGUGUAACCCGCAGGGAACCCCGAAAAAAGUGAACUUUUCGUUUUUGUUUCUGGUUCACCCCGCGUUAGACCUGGAUGGCGUGCACCGCUGGGUCGGAAAUAAAAAUUGUUUUUUUUAGCUGCCGUAGCCGCCUAGGAUGGAACUGUAGGGAAUGGUGAUAUUGGGAAAAACACCAUUUCGAAAUCGAGUACGGAAUAAGCAUCUUAAUAGGCAUUUGAAGUUGAACGGGGUACAUUCCUGAUUAAACUGUGGGGUGCAAAGUUCGACGCAGAGUUCUCCUUUCUUUUCUGAAAUUCUUCUUUUUAUACAGGAACUUCUUAUCGGGAAUAACGAUGACACGUUUCGACUGGGAUUGGCUUUAUCGAAAAAAACGCUGAAACUAUACGAAAAGUUCGACAAAAGCGACAUUCUUCUGUGCUCACCCCUCGGUCUCCGGAUGAUUCUCAACGGCGACGAAGGAAAUGAGGCACAUUUGCUGAGCAGCAUACAACUUGUCGUCGUUGACCGGGUUCGAUCCGGCCCUUUCUGUCGAGAACAUAUUCAAUCUUGUUAUUUCAGGCGGAUCUAAUGCUCCAGCAGAAUUGGGAGCACGUUCAGCUCAUUUUUUCGCACUUAAACAACCUUCCCGCUAAGAUUGACAUGGAUAUUUCUCGAGUUCGCAGAGUUUAUUUAGGCAUGUUUUCGAAAUAUCCUGAAAAAAAAUGUAAGGGAAAAAGUCGGAAAAGGAUUACUUAUAACGUCGCAGUCGGAAAGUUCUCUAGCGCUAUGAAAAAAAAAAAUUUUUUUUUCAUAAACCCGAGUUUUUCUCUAAAAAAUUUUCUGAGUUCAAUUUUUAUCAUUCCAUCAAUUAAUCAACCUUCAGAGGGAAAUGGUAGGCACUUUUCGCAAUUGAUGCUAUUUUCUCGCUAUGCACAUGAGCUUUUCACGGCACUCGUGCUGGAAAACAGCACCAACCACCGCGGCGUCGCUCUCAACACGCCGAAGCAAGCUGGGACUCUCGAAAAGGUAGCCAUCCUGUAUCAUUCUCUUCCAGAAUAUGUUCGGGAAGUUCAGAUAGAAGUCCCGCUCUGCCAAGAGCUCCACUCAUUCAAUGUUCCAAAUCCAGAACACGUUUCUGAAGAACGAUGGAAGUAUUUUUGUGACAAGGUAUAUUACUAGUAAAGUUGAUAGAUGAUUGAUUUUUUUUUUCCAAAAGUUUGGUUCAUUAGGUUUCUAAAAAUUAUAAUGACUUGUGCGACAUUUUAAACUUGAUUCCAACUAGAUGAGGUGAGCUUUUUUCACCAUUGAAAAUUUUUAAUUGAUAUGACUUUUUUUUUCAACAAGCCGUCAGUAACGAGCAUGAAACAAUUUUCUCUUCGAAUAUCUCGAUUGAGUUUUGUUUUUUUUGUUCGCAAAUGUGAAAGUAUUGUAAAUAUUAAGUCGUUUACUAAGUUUGUUUCUUUUUUCGGUUCAAAGUUUCUUGGUGUAUAACUUUUGAAGUUUGGAUUCAAACAGCAAACAAUUUCUCCCCCGUCAUCCUCAGCUAUCUGUUAACAUGUCUGUUAAUUUUGGGGUUCCUGACUUUAAAACGAGCAAUGAAAUACUCACGAGGGAAGAUGGAAGUACAGAUAGAGUAAGCAAACUAACUUUUUAGACAAAAAACCAGCCUAAAAAUCUUUUUUCUUUAAAAGUUUUGGUCAGUGAUCAAUGACAAUGACAUGGUCGCUGAACAUUUAGACGCUUUUCUCAUGAACGGCUUUGAGGAUGAUUUUGAUUUUUCGUGGUUAGUACAGACAUGGUCUGUAUCAGUCGCUUCUUCUCCAGAAGUUCAUCAAGCUGUCAUUUCAGUUGAUUACCGUUUCUCAAAAUUAUAGGCCGGAAAAACUCAAUUGAACCACUUCUGCUUUGACACAUGGCUGCAGUGACCUUUGUUGUACUUGUUUUUUUAUUAACUUGAGAGAUAGCAAGAGAACAGAAAAAUUUGAAAAAAAGGAUAGAAACCACUACCCUGAUGCUAUAAAAAUUUUUUUUGAUGAAAAAAAGCUGUAAAAUUAAAUCCUCGAGUUUCACAUUAGGUGCCGGUUGCUAAUAUUAUGUCUAUAAUUUUUUUCAAAACCUCAAAAUUGAUUAAUAUUUGCAAAUGUAUUUCGGGAAAAAUCAAACGAAAACAGGACGCGCAUUGUUUCAACAAUGUUGGCCAAUCAUAAAUUGAAUGGUCUGGCUUUUAAAUGAUUAACUCAUUUCUCAAAUUUUUUGGAAGCAAACGAAAACUUUCACGAGCAAGCACGCGACCUCAGUUUGCGUUUUAUGUAACUUGUUCGAAUGAUAACAUUGAAAAAGUAAGAUAAAAAAGAAAUUCGCAAAACUUUCCAAAAAUCGAGAUUUUUCGAGUUCGGACAAAGUUCUGUAAAUUUUUUUUCUGCAUACUGUUAUAGGAAUACAGUUAACUUUAAUCUGAACUUCAGAUCGUGUGGUAGUAAAUACUAUAUGAAGCAAAAUUGUCAUAAGCGCUUUUCUGGUUGAAAACUUUUUUAAAAAAGUCCUUCAAAAAAGAAAGAAACUUAGUAAAAAACCUAAUAGCAAAUCGAAACACUGUAACAAAGGUUAGAUGAAAGAGCCCUUUUGGUUCAUCGAAUUUUCUAUCCCUUAUUAUCCGUGCAUAGGUGGGCAAGUACAGAACUCAUUCAGCCCGGGAGGAGGGUUUGGCUUACACAAAUACUUUGAAAAAUCAGGAGUACAAUAAAGGUUCAAUCUCCGGAAGGUAUUUUCGGCCACAAUAAUGCGAGUUUUAGCCUCUUUUAGAAGGCAGUAUUAUCUUUAUUCUCGGAAAACUCCGGGGGAGUUUUUUUUUCCAGAUUGUGCCCGGGCUCGUGCCGCGAACUUGCAUCGUCGUUCCGUCUUAUUUCGAUUUUGUCAGAAUGCGAAACUAUUUAAAGAAGGCGGAAGAAAGUUUUGUGGCUUGUCAUGAAUACGCUCCGAAAAAAAAGGUUUUGUUCAUUUUUUGAAAUUCGUAAACGGAUGGAAUUUUUUUUAAGGUUUUGCGCGCACGAGAUAUGUUUUACCAUGAGCGAAAAAGCUACUUGUUAGUGACUGAACGUUUCUACUUCUUCAAUAGGCGCCCAUUGAGGGUGAGAACUUGGAUGUCGUUAUGAAUGGAAAAAAAACGAUUUCUUCUUUGUUUUUUUUCUUUCUGAGGAAGGUAGUAUGAAAAAAGCAGCGAAAUUUCGAACGGCGAUUCCUCCGAUUUUUUUUAUCGCUGGAAAACUUUUAUGACUAAUCCUUUUCCGAUUUUUUUUUCCUUGAUAAAUUCUUCGUUUUGGAUCUUCUAAUAUAAAAUAGAUACAAGAGAAAAAAAAGUCGGAAAGCUUCCGCCUCGCUAGAGACCACUUGAGUUUCAGGGGAAUGUGCAUCAUAUACAUUUUUUUGCAUUUUUUUCAAUAAAAAGAAAAAUAAAAGGUAUCGCAACAGGACCACAGAAAAUGGGAAACAUAGAAAUAAGUUUUUAGCAUAGUUCGGACAGUUAUGAUUUCACUAGUUCAAAUUCAUCUGCUCGUUUUUUUUUCCAGAAAUAUAUUACCACAGAGUCUUUCUUGCACAUUUUCAUUCUGUCGUCGUACAAUUAUUUCCACCCAUAUUAAGGUAUUAGCUUCAAAAUCAUCUUUUGUCUACCUCUUUUUCUGUGCCCAAACACCUAAAUGACGAAAAAUCUCUCUCUAGCGCAAUUAUUACAUUUACGUUUUGUUCCAGGGAAUUCGCCGGCUAAUUUUCUACCAAAUACCUUCACAUCCAGCUCUGUAUUCGGAAUUCAUCAACAUGUCAGAAUCAUCUGAUUCGAAACGAUUUUUGGCCAUUUUGCUCUAUUGCAAAUUGGACCGGAUUCGGCUUCAGAACACUUUUGGAACGGAAAUGGCUGCCGGUAUUCUCGCUUCACCACAGAAAGUGCAAGCCAUUGUUAGCGAAUAA